GAAAAAAAAAAUAGUAAAUAAGGUUUACCAAAAGGACAAAACAUUUAUAGAGAGAGAAAAAAAUAAGGCUAAAAAGCUUGAAAUCUUCAGCAAUGGCGGUUCCUAGGGUAUCUAGGGUUUUGUGAUCGGCGAUUUCUUUACAGAUUAUCAAUGGAAAUGCCCGGUCGAAGAUCCAACUACUCUCUCCUAAGCCAGUAUCCGGACGACCAGUACUCCGUUUCCAUUUCAGGAGCUCCACCUCCCUACUACGAUUCGCUUUCGAGUGACGCCACGAGUAAUAAGAACAAUAAAGUGAAAUCGGAGAGAGGUUUAAUAGAUUGGGAUCAGAAUCAGAGUCAGAACCAGCAACAAGCGAAUCGAGUCGGCGGCGGUGGCGGGGGAGGAGGAGGGAAUAUUUAUGCUUCUUCGAUCGGGCUUCAACGGCAAUCGAGCGGGAGUAGCUUCGGUGAGAGCUCGUUAUCGGGAGAUUAUUAUGUGCCGACUCUUUCUACGACGGCGGCGAACGAGAUUGAUGCAUUCGUGUAUGGUCAUGAUGAAAGCUUUAGGCACGGGGAUUUGAGAGCGAAAGUUGGGGGUUCGUCGUCGGGGAAAAGCUGGGCGCAGCAAACGGAGGAGAGUUAUCAGUUGCAGUUGGCGUUGGCUUUGAGGCUUUCUUCGGAAGCUACCUGUGCGGACGAUCCGAACUUUUUGGAUCCGGUUCCAGAUGAUUCCACAAUUCGAACGGCUAGCUCAAGCUCUGCCGAGACAGUUUCCCAUCGGUUCUGGGUGAAUGGCUGCUUAUCAUACUUCGACAAAGUUCCUGAUGGGUUUUAUUUAAUUCAUGGAGUGAAUCCAUAUGUCUGGACUGUGUGCACUGAUCUGCAUGAACAUGGUCGAAUUCCAUCAAUUGAAUCUCUAAGAUCUGUUGAUCCUACUGUCGAUUCACCAUUAGAAGUAAUAUUGGUUGACCGAAGAAGUGAUCCCAGCUUAAAGGAACUCCAAAAUAGAGUCCACAACAUUUCUUGUAGCUGCAUAACUACAAAAGAAGUUGUUGAUCAGCUAGCCAAGCUUGUCUGCAGUCGCAUGGGGGGUUCAUCUGCUACAGGAGAGGAUGACUUUGUUUCCUAUUGGAGGGAGUGCAGUGAUGAUUUAAAAGAUUGCUUAGGUUCAGUUGUGGUUCCUAUAGGUAGCCUAUCUGUUGGCCUCUGCAGACAUCGAGCUUUAUUAUUCAAAGUGCUAGCUGACACAAUUGAUCUGCCAUGUCGGGUUGCGAAGGGCUGUAAAUAUUGUAAAAGAGAUGAUGCUUCCUCCUGCCUUGUUCGCUUUGGCCUUGACAGGGAGUAUCUUGUUGAUUUAAUUGGGAACCCAGGUUACUUAUGCGAGCCCGAUUCCUUGCUCAAUGGUCCAUCUUCCAUCUCAAUUUCUUCCCCAUUGCGUUUUCCAUGUCUCAAACCAGCUGUACCUGCCAUUGAUUUCAGGUCAUUGGCCAAACAGUAUUUUUCAGACUGUGAAUCACUUAAUCUUGUAUUUGAUGAUGCUCCAGCAGGAGCUAUUGAAGAAAAUCCUGGAUUCUCUCUUUAUCCCAAGAAAGUCGAUAAGAUUGUAACAGGCAGAAAUAACCUGGUGCAGAUAUCAAGCAAUAUGGAUGAUAUUUCGCAGUUGCCCCUACAUCCUAACAUUGCGCGGCCAACUGCUCAUGAUAGAGAUUCCCAAUAUUCACAGUCUAUAAUUCACUCAAAGAACAUUAUUAAAGAUCCUUUAAAGCGCAUCUCUCCAAUAGGGCAUAGAGAUGUCCCAAUUCUACUCUUGUCUGAUCCAAUGGGGGAUUCUGAUAAGGAUUCAAGGUAUGCUGAGGGCAGUCAACUUGUUCCCAGCAAGCCAAGUAGAGAACUUGCCCUUGAAGUUGAUGAUUUGGACAUUCCAUGGAAUGAUCUUGUUUUAAAAGAGAGAAUUGGUGCUGGUUCUUUUGGAACUGUCCAUCGUGCUGAAUGGAAUGGCUCGGAUGUCGCUGUGAAAAUUCUCAUGGAACAAGACUUGCAUGCUGAACGCUUUAAAGAAUUUUUGAGGGAGGUUGCAAUAAUGAAACGUCUACGGCAUCCAAAUAUUGUUCUUUUUAUGGGAGCAGUUACUCAGCCCCCAAACUUGUCCAUAGUGACAGAGUACUUAUCAAGAGGUAGCAUGUAUAGGCUUUUGCAUAAGCCUGGUUUGAGAGAGGUGUUGGAUGAGAGGCGUCGGUUGAGUAUGGCCUAUGAUGUGGCAAAGGGAAUGAAUUAUCUUCAUAAACGCAAUCCUCCUAUUGUUCAUAGAGAUUUAAAAUCUCCAAAUCUUUUGGUUGAUAAAAAAUAUACAGUGAAGGUUUGUGAUUUUGGGCUUUCUCGUUUGAAGGCUAACACAUUUCUUUCAUCCAAGUCAGCAGCUGGAACUCCUGAGUGGAUGGCUCCAGAAGUUCUUCGUGACGAGCCAUCAAACGAGAAGUCUGAUGUAUACAGUUUUGGUGUAAUUUUGUGGGAGCUUGCAACGUUACAACAACCUUGGGGCAACUUAAAUCCAGCACAGGUUGUAGCAGCUGUUGGUUUCAAGGGCAAAAGGCUUGAUAUUCCGCAUGAUUUGAAUCCUCAAGUGGCUGCCAUAAUUGAGGAUUGUUGGGCCAAUGAGCCUUGGAAGCGUCCUUCAUUUUCCAAUAUCAUGGAUCGGUUGAAAUCGUUGAUUAAACCUUCCACCCCUCAACCAGGGCGUGUUGACAUGCCAAUGCUUACCUGAAUGGUUGGAACUCCCACAAAGUCUUCUUCAUGCACAUAAUACAGCAUUCUUUUUGACAUUAUAUGCCUUGCAAGGAUACAUGCUGUUAAAUAAUCUAAGAAUUGUUGUUGUACAUGUCUGUUCUCUUAGUGAAUUGGGGCCUCUGAUUGUUAACAUGGACUAAAGGGUUGUGGUCAAUUCUGUGUUACACCCUCUUGCCAAAGAUUAUUGUUUCCAUAAGUAAUUCUCACAUGCAAUUACGGGAAAAAGUUGUAUCAUAUUGUUUCUCAUAGUUUUGUAUGUAAAGAUUGCAACUGAAAUUAGUUCAAUGAGAAGCAGCUCAUCGGCAUUCUGCACUAACCGUUUCACUCGUAACUGACAUAGUGAUGAGGCUAAACCAUCGGGGAGAGAAUUAUGUAUCUACCAUGCGUUCAUAAAAAGUUUUAAAUCUGAUUGGUGU